CUUGUUCAACAAUUGAAUCAAUUCAUACAUAUUAACGGCAGUGUGUUAAGUGACAGGAGAGAGAAUAUUUGAAUGGUCAAUCACACUUUGUGUGGCUCAGGUGUCAAUAUGGUUAGGUUCUCAUAAUCGUGUUGGUGUCAUUGUAAUGUCACAUUCACAUUUGCCAAUAGCCUAUUGCUUCAAUCUUCUCUUUGCUUAGGGACUUGGGGGCCUUGGGACUUUGCGUCUCUUUAAAUCACACCCUCUUUCUCAACCAUCCCAGGACUUCAAAACCAUAGAGGAACUCUCUCUCUCUCUCUCUCUCUCUCACACAAACACAGACAAAGAUGAAGAACAAUGUCAACAACGGCACAAAGCUUAUCCUUCUCCAUCCCUACAUCCAAAAGCAAGGAAGCUCCAAUCGUCUAUGGCUUCUAGCUUUCAUUUCAUUUUUCACUCUAGCCUUCCUUCUCACCCUCAUCUACACUAGAGAAUCCAUCACCACAACCACCCACACAGCUGCGUUGGCCGCUACCGGCUCCUGGAAUCCUCCCUUAUCAAAAACUGUGGUCAAGGCCCUUGUCCACUACGCUUCAAACUCCAACCACACCCACCGCAUGUCAUACACCGAUAUCAAACAAAUCUCUGACGUCCUCCGGCAAUGCUCAUCUCCCUGUAACUUCCUCGUUUUCGGCCUUACCCACGAAACCCUUCUCUGGAAAGCCCUCAACCAGCAUGGCCGUACUGUUUUCAUUGACGAAAACCGGUAUUACGCUGCAUACAUGGAGGAAAAAUACCCAGAGAUUGAAGCUUAUGAUGUGCAGUACACGACCAAAUUGAGAGAAAUGAAGGAACUUAUAGCAUCAGCAAGAGCACAGGUACACAAUGAGUGCAGGCCAGUACAAAACCUAUUGUUUUCUGAAUGCAAGCUUGGACUUAACGACCUACCUAACCAAUUCUACGAUGUGGAUUGGGAUGUUAUAUUGGUCGACGGACCACGAGGGUACGCACCAGACCAACCCGGUCGUAUGUCGGCCAUCUUCACCGCCGGCGUGCUUGCAAGGAGCAAAAAUGGUGGCAACCCAAAAACACACGUUUUUGUGCAUGAUUUCAAUGCAGAGGCGGAGAGAGCUUCCAGUGAUGAGUUCUUGUGCAAAGAGAAUUUGGUGAAGUCUAAAGAUUUGCUUGGGCAUUUUGUCCUGGAAAAAAUGGAUGCUAAUAGCUUCCAGUUCUGUCGCAGCCAUUCAUCAUCAUAG